AACGCGUUGUUGUCAAUGACUGUCUAUGGUUGUUGCCUCGCCUUUGUAAGUGGAAUUUGCGGUAAAUGACCACCGAAUCAAUCCUCGCCAUGUCUGAUGCGGCCGUUGCUUGUCAGAGCAGUCCGGGAUUCACGUUGUUCCACCGGGCCUACUUCCGUAAUUUUCUAUGUAUCGAUUAAGACACAUAUUUUCCCCAAACGCUCGGAAUUCUACUGGAUAAACCUGUGCGCGAGCCAAAUUCUUCGUGUGGAUUUACCCCCACAUUGUUCUAUUCGAAACAAGGGCACCGUGGAGGGCAGAGUGACUUGUCAUGAACGAGCCCGUAGAGAGCGGUGUGGUCUCAUUUGACGAGUACGUGCGUCAGAAGGCCCGCAGCGUGCCCCAGCACCGUAUGAAGGAGUUCCUUGAGUCCCUGGCCAACAAGGGCCCCGAGACGCUGCAGGACUUCAGACAGCAGGGCGACGCCGCCACUACCACCACCAUGGUUUACCAGCAGGGGGGCAACUGUGUCUACACAGACAGCACAGAGGUGGCUGGCUCGCUGCUGGAGCUGGCCUGUCCGGUGCAGGUGACCUCUGCACAGAUCUCACCCCAGAUGGCUGCUGGUGUGCACCAGGGGUCUGAGCAGCUAAUACAAGUACAGGUGCAGAUCCAGGGGCAGCAGGACCAGACGGUAGACCUCCAGGGCAUCCCCACAGCAGCACAGCUGGUCCAGCAAGGAGAGCUCACAGAGGAGCAGCACCAACAGAUCCAGGCCCAGUUGGUGGCAGCAGUGUCAGGAGGUCAACAAAUCCAGCAUAUUCAACUACAAGGGGGUCAGCAAAUUCAGCUCCAAGGAGGUCAACAAAUCCAGCUUCAAGGGGACCUACAGGGUGGUCAACACAUCCAACUUCAAGGCGGUCAACACAUCCAACUACCAGGCGGUCAACACAUCCAACUACCAGGCGGUCAACACAUCCAACUACCAGGCGGGCAACAAAUCCAACUACAAGGCGGGCAACAAAUCCAACUACAAGGCGGGCAACAAAUCCAACUACAAGGCGGGCAACAAAUCCAACUACAAGGCGGGCAACAAAUCCAACUACAAGGCGGGCAACAAAUCCAGCACAUUCAGCUACCAGGCGGUCAACAAAUUCAACUACAGGGAGGCCAGCAGAUCCAGAUCCAGACGGUGGAGGCCAUGUCUCCUCAGCAGCAGCAGGGCUCUCCCCGAGAGGCAGAGAGGAGAGCUGGCGUCCUCCAACCCGCCAAGAAGCGCAAGGUUGACGUCCCCAUCCAGGUGUCCUAUGCCCUCCCUCAGAGCCAGCAGGGCCAGCAGGUGGUUCUGGCCCUCCCCCAAGGGCAGGGGCAGCAGCAGCAGUACCUGUCCAUCCGGCCAGACCUGCUCACUGUGGACAGCACCCACCUUUACAGCACUACGGGUACCAUCACAGGCCCUGCUGGGGAGACCUGGACCAUCCCUGUAUACUCUGGGGGGCAGCAGGGGGGCGUACAUCAUAUCGCCAUUCCCCAGGAGGCCUACAGCACGAUGCAGGUGUCCUCCUCCGGUCACCAUGACAACAAGGACAAUGGAGUGGCCCACUCCUCGUCAUCGGGUGCCUUGUCGGGUGGCACGGUGUCUGUGUCCGGGACAACGAACGAGGAAGUGGUGCAGACGCUGUUCCCGGCACAGUUCAUGAACGGGAACAUUCACUGCCCUGUGGUGGUGCAGACGGUGGGCGGGGCUUACAAUAGCACGCAGCAGCUUCACAUCUGGGAUCCCCAGCAGCAGCAUGAACACCAGGAGCACCAGCUCCACCUACAGGGUAAUAUCGAGUCAGAGUCCCAGGUUGAGGCCCCCCAUGAGCUGCUGCUGCCCAUCUCCCUGAAGCCUGAGGAGGGCCUGGAUGUGUGGCGCCUCUGGGUCCAGCGCAAGAACGCAGAGCUGGACAAGGAUGAGCAGAACACGCUGGCGCCCAUCGGACGUCGGCAGGCCCUACGCUUCCAGGAGGACCUGGUGUCGAGUGCGGUGGCUGAGCUCAACGUGGCUCUGGCCCUCAUGACCCAGGAGGCCCAGGGGCUGGAGGGAGAAAGGUUUGAGCCUGACGCCCUCUACUACAUAUUCCUGUGUAUACAGAAGUACCUCUUUGAAAACGGACGGGUGGAUGAUAUCUUCUCUGACCAGUACUACACACGCUUCUCCCAGUGGUUACACAAAGCCCUGGAUGAGUGGAGGCCCAGCAUCCAUCCACUAGGGUACAUAAUUCCCAGUCAUGUGACAGAGGAGAUGCUGUGGGAGUGUAAACAACUAGGAGCUCAUUCACCAGCCACGCUGCUUACCACACUCAUGUUCUUCAACACUAAGUAUUUCCAUUUGACGACGGUAGAGCAGCACAUGAAGGUGGCCUUCUCCAAGGUGCUAAGACACACCAAGAAGAACCCGUCCAACCCCAAGGACAAGAGCACCAGUAUCCGCUAUCUGAAGGGCCAUGGCCCCUUAGGGACACACCAUGCCGGGCAGAAAGUGACUGAUGACAUGUAUGAGGAGCAGGCUGAGGAUCCUGAAAACCCGCUGCGAUGCCCCAUUAAACUGUAUGACUUUUACCUCUUCAAAUGUCCCCAGAGCGCUAAGGGGCGUAACGACGCGUACUACCUGACGCCAGAGCCCGUCGUGGCGCCCAACAGUCCCAUAUGGUACUCCACUCAGCCAAUCACAAGUGAGCAGGUGGAGCACAUGCUCACACGCAUCAUCAUGGUGCGAGAGAUCCAGGAGACCAUCGCUAUGUCGUCGGCCAACAUGCACUGAGCCGGGAGGGGAGGAGGAACCGAAAUGGACACACUUAACUACAAAAUCAGCCGUUCUCUAGUGUUCCUCUUUGUGGUACCUCCUUCACUCAGUGACUAACUCUAAGGACCUCCAGUGGCCUCAGUCUCUACCCAUCACACCUUUCAACCACAGGAGUGGGGGAGUGAGUGUUUACAUUGUGGAUUUAUGGGCCUUUUUUAAGUACAGAACCAUGUUUAUUCAUUUAAUGGCUGUUCAAUGGCAGUUAUGUCACCCUCAUUGACCAGUCCUGAAUGACUGAUUUUGUUUUGUUUUUCAUUGGUCACACGUGUAACCCACCACUUCACAUAAACCCCUCCUCACUUCACCAUCAUUUUUUCCCCUGGACUAACGAGACAGAUGGAUUUUGACCAACUCAGUAAAUCAGAGCUCCUCGUGUAAUCUUGUAGGCUAUUGCAGCCCCCCAAUAAAACUGAAUUAGGCAGAAAUGGAUGCUGAAAUAUCGGUACUAAUUCAGUCUUAAAUAUAUUAUACACAUAUAUGGACAUGUACCCCUUUUACCACACUGACCUUCCUCUGCCUCUUUCCUCCAAGCUCUCAGGUCCCAGACAUGGCAGGAUAACCUAGACAUUUAAUAGGACCUCUGCUCACUCGUUUUGUUUAUUUUUUUAUAUUGGCAUUUCUGAAGAUCUCCUGUAUGUGUUGAUAUUAUAGUGGUGUUGAAGGCUAAAGAAAAGCCUGUGUUUUCAAACAUG